AGCGGUUCAGUUUUAAGAGUUUUCAAGAAAAUACCAAAUCAAGCGCUAACGAAAAUGGUGUCCGCUCUGAAAUGCAGUUUGGCCGUAGUGGUCAUCAUCAGCUUUGCCUGUUCGGCCUAUGCCAUCAAGUGCUAUCAGUGCGAGUCGCUGACCAUGCCCAAGUGCGGCCUAAAGUUCGAAGCGGAUGAGAGUCUCCUUAUCGACUGUGCCCGGAUCGGACCCCCGCGCUACCUGCAGAACUUCUUCCCCCUGCGCAACGCCACCGGAUGCAUGAAGAAGACCCUCGAAAGCGUGGUCGGACAUCCGCAGAUCGUGCGCAGCUGCUACUUCGGUGACGUCUCCAACAUCCAGAGCGGCUGCCAGUCGGAUCCUUCUCUGCCCUUCGUGAAGCAGCUGGGAUGCGAUGUCUGCACCAAGGACGAGUGCAACGGAUCCGCUUCCCUGGCUCCCGUGGCCGGUGCCAUCCUGCUCUUCUUCGGACUGGCUCGCCUGCUGGCAUAGAUCUUACCUCCAUAGUUCUUAAGUCUCUUAAUUCCUUUGAUAGUAGUAUGUGUAUCUCUCUUGCUCAUGGAUCUUAAAUUGUGAAAUUUUUUGUUUAAAUUUGAUCUUAUUUAAAUGAUAAUAAAAGAUGGAAGAAAGCGUGUCCUUGCUAAUAUCCAAA